UUUCCGUCAGUUAGGAUGACACAGAGCCUGGCUGUUGUCCAGAUCUACGCCGCGAUUGGUUGACAACUGUCAAAGAGGCAAAACGGAGGGUUGUGAUUGGCCCACAUCCGUCGAUAAGGCGGGACCAUUCCAGUGGCGACUGUCAAGAUUGGCAAAGAGCUGUGGUGGCUGCGCUCAGGUAAAGAACAAGCGAGGCAGAAAGGAAACAUUUACCCUCGGAAGAAGGCAAACAGUGGGAUGGGAACUGGCGGUCCGCACAAAGCCCUUCGCGCGGGACAACCACGAAGCAUUUAAAUUCGCGGAGGAACGGGGGAAAGAAGAAAGUCCUCUUGUGUCAACCGUCGUUUGUGUCGCGGGCACGCUUCUCCGCAGCAGCAACUUGGACAGCUGCGUGCUUUUCAGCCAGCCAGCAACAAAGAAUGAAAGCAUUCAAACGAACUCUGGAAGAAGAGCGUCACAUGGAGCUGGAGCAGUCUUCUGCGAUGUCGGACAGCGAUGACGGCUCGCCGCUUGACCUGUCAGGAAGGGGGCUCUAUGGGAAACGCCGUCGCCGCGGCAACCUGCCCAAAGAAGCCGUGCAGAUUCUGAGGAGCUGGUUGUACGAGCACCGCUUCAACGCCUACCCCUCGGAGCAGGAGAAACUCAGUUUGUCCAGCCAGACCAACCUCUCUGUGCUGCAGAUCUGUAAUUGGUUCAUUAAUGCACGCCGCCGCCUCCUGCCUGACCUGCUCCGAAAAGAUGGCAAAGAUCCCACCAAGUUCACGGUCUCCCGUAAGUUGAGUGGCAAGAAUGAAGGCAACUCGUGCGCCGGAGGUGGUGCCUGCGUCAGCUCCCCUGAAACCCUCUCGUCCACCAGCUCCAAUCAACAGCGCCCAUCUGUCAUCCGCACCGCCCCUACAUUGGACCUGAAUGUCCUCGGGAAUACCGCCACCGCUAUUUUGACCGGAGCUGGCUAUCCCGGAAAUGAUAGCUCUGUUCAGGCGCUGAUGAGGCUUGACACACAGAGACUGCUGAGAGAGGCUGAGGAGCAAGGAGCAAACACGACACCAUCAGCUGCAGCAGUGAGCCCCACUGGGGGGCUCUUCAACACACCUCCUCCAACUCCCCCUGAGCUCAUUCCCUCACAGGAUUUUAGUGAUCUGAGGCUUCUGGUUGACACAGCGUUGCAGAGGGCAGCAGAGCAAGAGAACCUGAACCAGAUUCAGGAGAGUCUAAACAUUCCAAAAGAGAGAACUGAGAAAGUGGAGUCACAGUCUAGCUCUUGCACUACUGACAUGGGCCCCACGCCUCCUCCUGAAGACCGCCAGCAAAUUUUGGAUCCAAGCAGGGUCCAGAGUCUGAUGGAGAAGGCUAUGGCAGUUUCUGUGCCAGUCGGAGGUGCAACUACUCCUCUGUCUUCUGCUCCAUCUGCACCAACGUCAGUCCUGGUCUCAGCCCCCAGAUUGUCCCCUCUGCCCAUGACCAAAGUAAUUUGGAGUCCACUAGAGAAGGAUUCCAAGCAGUCCCAGCUCAUCCCAGCUCACGUGCCAGCUUUGGUGACGGUGUUUGGCCACCAAAUGUCUGAGAAGCAUUGUACCAACACAGAUCCAUCUCCAGCCUCAAUUAGUUCUCCAGCGUGUGUGACUAGGCCAGCUACGGUCCCAUCACCAGCACCGGUCCUGGCUACAAGUUCUACCUCCAUCACUGCCACAAGCGAGGCCUCACCAGCAGCUGUUGCUCUUGUUUCAGCAACUCCUCCUCCAAGCAUCACUUCGUUCACACCUCCGCUUUACCUCCCGUACCACAAAUCACCAAUGUUCUCCCUUGGCACACCAUCACCAGUGUCUCCUCCCCUCCUCCCCUCUCCGGUCAUUACCACUGGUCAAGCUCCAUCUCAGUUCCUUAAAUCUUCGAGGUCAACAGUCAUGCCUCUCCUGGGCCUCUCGCCACACCUUACCACAGCCAGCAGCAGCAGCGGGGUUAGCUCGAUGAGGAAUUCGGCAGUGAUGCCCAGUGUUUGGAGCAUGGUCCAUGCCGACACAAGGCAGUCCACUCCCCUCCAGGUAGUGAAGGCCCCCAUCACCAGCACAGUGUGGGGUGCGCAACACACGGCCUGCACACAGUGAGUGCUUACCUUUUUGUUUUUGUUUUGUUUGUUUUUUUGCGCCAGAGUGGGACAUGCUGUUUAAAACAACAACGACAACAAAACCCCAAUGUACUCCUGAGUGAACUAUGUGCUUGUGACAUACAGGACAUUUUUUUCCCCUUAUUUUAAAGAGCUGCUGGUUAGAGCAAUUUUUUUUAAGUCCUCUAGAAUCAAGCAGCUGCUGUUAGCAACACUGUGAGCAUUCCAUUUGGUGCACAUGAAUAGUCGUGUGCGGUUUGUGAUUCCUUCAGUAGCAAUCUUUCUCAAAAUUACAAAAGGUAUUCAAACAUGUUCCAAUGGUUACAUUUGUUUUUACUCGAUGUUACACUAACAACAUAGUCCUCGUUUUUACAAUUCAAAGGAUCCUCACUUUUUUCUCAUGGGGGUUAACUGGAUUAAAUUGGCUUUUUUUCAGUCAUGCUGUACCAUUUAUACCCCCCAAUAACCAUGUCUUUAUUUUAUUGCCAAAGGAUUUUUUUCUCUCUGUGUGAUGAGUUAGCAUUGCGAACCACUAUUUUGGUCCCUUUUUGGUCAUCCAUUCCAACAGUAUUGUCCUUGAGGGGCUUGCCAAAUGAAAGCAUCUGGUUACAUUGGGUCAAUAACGGAAGUCAAUGGUGGUGUAGAGUCCAGUAGCUCGAUCUCAUCAUGCCGCUCUGUUACAUCUGGCGCUCGGCACCUUUUUGUGGAAUAGACUUAAGUGACCUUGUGAGACCCUAUCUUACUACUUUGCCAAAGUUGAAUGUUUUAAAACUGACAAAUGUUUAUUAAGGCAUCGUCAAUGUUUCCCCCUUUUCAUCUGUGCUUUAGAAAUGUCCAAUCAUUCAUUAAAUCGUAGUUUCCAUGAAACUGUCUUUAGAAUAACUGCAAAAUAUUUGUGCGGCUGAAUGUCAAUGUCAUAGAGAUACUGUAGCAGUACUGUCAGGUUCCUGUUUACUGGAGUCAUUGAACCAUGGCCAGUUUCUACCAUCACAAAGAAAUGGGUGACUUUUUGAUGGCACUCCACUUCCUUCUAGCGGUUUGUUCACUUUGAAUCUCAAUACUGUCAGUUCAUUUCAUUGUUAAUAAUGGAUGUGCAUGUAUACCUCAUUUUACACAGGUCACGCCAGCAUUAGGUCUUGCUUAGAGAACUAAUUAAUAAAGUACUUUUUUUUUUUUUUUUUUAAUCAUUAUUACUACUACUACAAUGUGGUUUGUGAUUCUGGAGAUGCCUGGUUAAAAGAAUGAACUGAAAAGGUUUUAGAAUAGCAUGAUUUUGUAUGUUUUAGAUGGUUGACAUUCCAAUUGGGAAAAACUUAUGUAUGUAAAUAUUUUCCAGGUCAAGGCGUAUUAGUUUGAUAAUGACAUAUUUAUCUCAGAAAUGGUCAUUUUUCUUCACUGCCAAACCCAUUAAAAAAAUCUUCGUUACUGACCGUUA